CUGGGUCUGCCCGGGCUGACGUCUGCCUCACUGUCACGACGGCUGACCUGCUGAACACAGGCCUCCACACCCGUCACUGUUGUUCAGUGAACUGUCAGCAGUGUUGUUGCUAGGAGAAGGAGAGAGGAAGCCUCUUAGUGUUACUUGGAGUCUCGUCAGCGGUACUUGGCAGCAUGCCCGGCCACCUCAAGAAGACCUCGGGUUCUGACCCAGACCCCAGCGAGUACCUCUUCAUCUCGAUGGAGAUGAAGAUGCAGGAUGCUACCAAACCUUACGAUGCUAAGAAAUCCUGCUGGGUUCCUGAUCCCAAGGAAGGGUUCGUCGAAGGUGAGAUCUGCGGCACCAAGGGCGACCUAGUCACUGUGGUUGCUGGAGGUGAAACUAAGAACUGGAAGAAGGACCUCGUGCAGCAGGCCAACCCACCUAAGUAUGAAAAAUGUGAGGACAUGUCUAACCUCACCUUCCUCAACGACGCUUCCGUCCUCUACAACCUGAAGUCUCGCUACUUGGCCAACCUCAUCUACACCUACUCUGGUCUCUUCUGUAUCGCCAUCAACCCCUACAAGCGCUACCCCAUCUACACCAACCGUGUGGUCAAGAUCUACCAGUGCAAGAGGCGUAAUGAGGUGCCUCCCCAUCUCUUUGCCAUUUCUGACGGUGCUUACAUGAACAUGAUACAAGUUUCUGAGAACCAGUCACUGCUCAUCACUGGUGAGUCUGGUGCUGGUAAGACUGAGAACACCAAGAUGGCUCUCUCUUACUUCGCCAACAUUGGUGCCAACACCAAGAAGAAUGAGGAGAAGAAGCAAAUUUCUUUUGCGAAAACUCUACUUAAAAAAAUAAUUCUUGCAUUGGGACAUCAGAACCUGGAGGACCAGAUCAUCCAGACCAACCCUGUACUGGAGGCCUUCGGUAACGCCAAGACCACCCGUAACGACAACUCCUCCCGCUUCGGUAAGUUCAUCCGUAUCCACUUCCAACCCAACGGCAAGCUGUCUGGUGCUGAUAUUGAGGUCUACCUGCUGGAGAAGGCUCGUGUUAUCUCCCAACAACCCGCCGAGCGUUCCUACCACAUCUUCUACGAGAUGAUGUCCGACCAGAUCAAGAAAAUCAAACCUUUAUGUCACCUCAGUGAUGACAUCUACGACUACCACUACGUGUCUCAGGGCAAGGUCACCGUCCCGUCCAUUGAUGACGCCGAGGACAUGCAGUUCUGUCACGACGCUUUUGAUGUGCUAGGCUUCAGUCAGCAGGAGGUCGAGGACGUGUACAGACUCACAGCAGCGGUCAUGCACUUCGGGAACAUGAGGUUCAAGCAGAGGGGUCGCGAGGAGCAGGCAGAGCCCGACGGUACCGAGGUUGGGAAUGUUAUUGGUAAACUAUUGGGCGUUGAUGGUAACGACCUGUACAAAAACAUUACCAAGCCCAAGAUCAGGGUUGGCGCUGAGUUCGUAGCCAAGGGCAUGAACGUGGAUCAAUGUUACUACUCUGUUGGUGCCCUGGCCAAGGCUGUGUUUGACCGGGUCUUCAAGUGGCUGGUGGCCAAGUGUAACCAGACUCUGGAAACUGAUUUAAAACGUUCCACGUUUAUUGGCGUCCUGGAUAUCUCGGGCUUCGAAAUAUUCGAUUACAACGGCUUCGAGCAGAUCUGCAUCAAUUUCUGCAACGAGAAGUUGCAGCAGUUCUUCAACCAUCACAUGUUUGUGCUGGAGCAGGAAGAGUACAAGAGGGAAGGCAUCAACUGGGUCUUCGUGGACUUCGGUAUGGAUCUCCAAGCUUGCAUCGAACUCUUCGAGAAGAAAAUGGGUCUGCUCUCUAUCUUAGAGGAAGAGUCCAUGUUCCCCAAGACCAGUGACAAGUCCUUCCAGGAGAAGUUGAAUGUCAACCAUUUAGGCAAGUCCUCUGUGUUUAUCAAGCCCAAGCCACCCAAGCCCGGGCAGUCUGAGUCCCACUUCGCCAUCGUUCACUACGCUGGUACUGUGAGCUACAACUUGACUGGCUGGCUGGAGAAGAACAAGGAUCCCCUCAACGACACCGUCGUCGACCAGCUCAAAAAGUCUUCCAAUGAGCUUGUCGUCACAAUCUUCCUUGACCAUCCUGGACAAUCUGGUAGUGGUGACGCUAAAGGUGGCAAAAAAUCAUUGGGAUUUAGAACCGUGACUUCCGGAUACAGGGAGCAGCUCAACAACCUCAUGAAGACCCUCAACACUACUCAUCCUCACUUCAUGCGCUGCAUCAUUCCCAACGAGACCAAGUCCCCGGGUGUGACUGACGCGGCGCUUAUCAUGCAUCAGCUGACCUGUAACGGAGUACUUGAGGGCAUCAGGAUCUGUCGCAAAGGCUUCCCCAACAGGAUGAUUUAUCCCGACUUUAAGCACCGCUACAAGAUCCUGGCCUACAAGGAAAUGACACACAUCGAGAACGACAAGAAGGCGGCCAGAGCUUGUUUGGAGAAGGCAGGUCUGGACGCAGACCUCUACCGCCUCGGCAACACCAAGGUGUUCUUCCGUGCUGGUGUCUUGGCCACUCUGGAGGAGAUCCGGGGUGACCACCUCACUAAGAUCAUCUCGUGGAUACAGUCAUGGGUUCGGGGAUACAUCGGCCGACAGGGCUUCAAGAAACUUCAGGAACAACGAACUGCACUUCUCCGAGUGCAGCACAGCCUGCGGAGGUUCCUGAAGGUGCGCGCCUGGUCCUGGUUCCUCCUCUGGCAGAAGGUGAAGCCUCUGCUCAACGUCACCCGCGUCGAAGAUGAGAUGAGAGCCCUUGAGGAGAAAGCUACUAAAGCUCAGGAAGACUACGAGAGGGAGUUGAAACUUCGUCAGGAAUCUGAGGCGGCGAAUCUUACCCUCCUUCAGGAGAAGAGCAACCUCCUCCUUGCUCUUGAGUCAAGCAGAAGCAGUAUGACCCAGUUUACCGAGACACAAACUAAGUUGCAUGCUGAGAAGGCUGAACUUGAGGCUCUGCUGGCAGAAACUACGGAACGACUGCAGAAUGAAGAGGCGGCCCGCAGCGAGCUCUCUCAUAGGAAGAAGUCCACCGACCAGGAGGUUACCAACCUGAAGAAGGAAGUAGAGAAUCUGGAGCUAAAAAUUCAGAAACUAGAGCAGGAGAAGGCGAGCAAGGACCACCAAAUUCAAACUUUAAAUGAAGAGAUCGCUCACCAAGAAGAAAUGAUCAACAAGGUGAACAAAGAGAAGAGACACUUGCAGGAGUGCAAUCAAAAAACCGCCGAGGACGCUCAGAGUGUUGAGGACAAAUGUAACCACCUCAACAAAGUCAAGGUGAAACUCGAGCAAACACUUGAUGAGCUUGAAGACUCCCUCGAGCGCGAGAAGAAGCACCGAAUUGAUAUCGAGAAGUCCAAGAGGAAAGCUGAGGGUGACCACAAGCUCACACAAGAAGCUGUUUCUGACUUGGAACGAAGCAAGAGGGAGUUAGAACAGGCCAUAGAGCGCAAGGAUAAGGAAUUUUCAACUCUGGUGAGCAAGCUGGAGGACGAGCAAGGCCUUGUCUCCAGAGUUCAGAGGCAGGUCAAGGAGCUGCAGUCCCGCAUUGAAGAACUCGAGGAAGAAGCUGAACACGAGCGCCAAGCUCGAGCCAAGGCUGAAAAGGCGAAGAGUGAAUUAGCCCGAGAACUGGACGACCUCGGGGAGCGUCUGGAGGAGGCUGGGGGAGCCACCGCUGCUCAGAUCGAACUCAACAAGAAACGCGAAGCUGAGCUGCUGAAGCUUCGAAGAGACCUUGAAGAAUCCACCAUUCAGCACGAGUCCUCCCUAGCACUCCUGCGCAAGAAGCACCAUGAUGCUGUGACGGAGAUGGCGGAGCAAAUAGAAUUCCUAAAUAAGACGAAGGCUAGGAACGAGAGGGACAAAGCUGCCUUGAAGCGUGAAGCUGAUGAUGCCAAGGCUUCCCUGGACAACCUCGCUCGCGAUAAGGGAGCGGCUGAUAAAAGUUGCAAGCAGCUUCAGAACGAAGCGACAGAGAUACAAGCCAGGCUUGACGAAGCCAACCGCACUCUGAACGACUACGAUGCUGCCAAGAAGAAGCUCACUCUAGAGAACGCUGAUCUUCUGCACCAGCUUGAAGAAGCGGAGAACCAAGUUGGUCAGCUGUCUAAGCUGAAACUCUCCCUUACGAACCAGCUGGAGGACACACAGAAGCUGGCUGAUCAGGAAAGUAGGGAGCGGGCGACGAUACUUGGCAAGUUGCGUAACUUGGAGCAUCAUAUUGAUGGUCUCCGAGAGCAACUGGACGAUGAGGCCGCAGCCAAGGCUGACCUCCAGCGGAUUCUGUCCAAGGCUAAUGCCGAGGCCUUGAUGUGGCGCUCGAAGUACGAGUCUGAAGGUAUUACCCGCGCCGAAGAAUUGGAGGCAGCCCGUCUGAAACUUGCUGCCCGACUUGAAGAAGCCGAAUCCCAGAUUGAGCAGCUGAGUGUCAAGAAUAUGCAACUGGAGAAGAGUAAACAAAGAGUUUGUGCCGAGCUUGGAGACAUGCAGAGUGCAGCUGAACGCUCCCAGUCUCUGGCCAGCGCUGCUGAGAAGAAACAGAAAAACUUCGAUAGAAUAAUUGGUGAGUGGAAGUUGAAGGUGGAUGAUCUUUCCGCCGAACUGGACGCCUCUCAGAAGGAGUGUCGUAAUUAUUCAACUGAACACUUUCGCAUCAAGGCUGCGUAUGAGGAAACCCUUGAUACUGUUGACGCAGUGCGCCGUGAGAAUAAGAGCCUGUCUGAGGAGGUUAAAGACCUAGUGGAUCAGAUCGGCGAGGGUGGUCGAUCCCUUCACGAAUAUCACAAGACAAUCAAACGUCUCGAGAUUGAGAAGGAGGAGCUUCAGUCUGCUCUUGAAGAAGCUGAAGCGGCUCUUGAACAAGAGGAGAACAAAGUGCUUCGUUGUCAACUUGAGCUCGGUCAAGUCAAACAAGAGAUUGACAGACGCAUCAGCGAGAAGGAGGAGGAGUUUGAGAACACACGGAAAUGCCACCAGCGCGCUAUAGAUUCCAUCCAGGCGUCCCUUGAAGCCGAAGCCAAGAGCAAGGCGGAAGCUCUUCGUCAGAAGAAGAAGUUGGAGUCUGACAUCAAGGAACUGGAGAUCACCCUCGAGCACUCCAACAAGGCCAACAGCGAUUUACAGAAGCACAUCAAGAAACUCCAGACUGAGCUGAAGGAUCAGCAGAGUCUUCUCGAGGACGAACACAGAGUCGCCUCAGAGUACCGGGAGCAGUAUGGUAUUUCAGAGAGACGCGCUAAUGCUCUGCAUGUGGAACUGGAGGAGUCCAGAGCACUGCUGGAACAGUCUGAUCGAGGCCGCCGUUACGCUGAGUGUGAGCUCAGUGACUGUCAGGAGCAACUAUGCACAGUCUCUUCCCAGAACAGUUCCCUCAUUGUGGUCAAGAGAAAACUGGAGAGUGAACUACAGACCACUCAUGCUGACCUGGACGAGAUGUUGAGUGAGGCCAAGAACUCCGAGGAGAAGGCUAAGAAGGCCAUGGUUGACGCCGCCCGCCUGGCUGAUGAACUCCGCGCUGAGCAGGAACACGCCCAGACCCAGGAGAAGUUGCGCAAAGGUCUUGAGGUAACUGUUAAGGAACUACACUCCCGCCUAGAAGAGAGCGAGAACAAUGCUGUGAAGAACGGUAAGAAGGCUGUGGGGAAGCUGGAGCUUCGCGUUCACGAGCUGGAAGGUCAACUGGAUGAUGAAGCACGUCGUCACGCCGACGCUCAGAAGAACCUGAGGAAGUGUGAGAGGCGCAUCAAGGAGCUCACCUUCCAGGCUGAUGAAGACAAGAAGAACCACGAGAAGAUGCAGGACCUUGUUGACAAGCUGCAACAGAAGAUCAAGACCUACAAGCGCCAGAUCGAGGAGGCUGAAGAAAUCGCCGCUCUCAACUUGGCCAAAUACCGCAAAGCCCAACAAGAACUUGAAGAGGUGGAAGAACGUAGUGGUAGUGGUGGUGGUGUCCCCGCUGUCCAGACAGCCACUAACCUGCUGGUGUAACAACCAAAGACACUUCAUUUCUAUUACACGUCACUACCUCAUGUUUAACACUUUUAGGUUCGUACCUGUGAAUUCCGACAAGGGAAACGAGAGUAUGUGUAUGUACCGGACAAUACUGCUGGGCUGAGGUCUCCACCCCAUGGGAGACCUUCCAGUACUUGAAGGUCUCCACCCCAUGAGAGACCUUAUAGUACUGGAAGGUCCCCACCCCAUGAGAGACCUUGCAGUACUGGAAGGUCCUCACCCCAUGAGAAACUUUCCAGUACUUGAAGAUCCCCACCCCAUGAGAGACCUUCCAGUACUUGAAGGUCUCCACCCCAUGAGAGACCUUCCAGUACUGAAAGGUCCCCACCCUAUGAGAGACCUUCCAGUACUUGAAGGUCCCCACCCCAUGAGAGACCUUCCAGUACUUGAAGGUCCCCACCCCAUGAGAGACCUUCCAGUACUUGAAGGUCCCCAUCCCAUGAGAGACCUUCCAGUACUUGAAGGUCCCCACCCCAUGAGAGACCUUGCAGUACUGGAAGGUCCCCACCCCAUGAGAGACCUUCCAGUACUUGAAGGUCCCCAUCCCAUGAGAGACCUUCCAAAUACUUGAAGGUCCCCACCCCAUGAGAGACCUUGUAGUACUGGAAGGUCCCCACCCCAUGAGAGACCUUCCAGUACUGGAAGGCUCCCAGAUCCAACUUCAUUAUGUCCUCCAGAGUUAUUUACAAUCAAAUUUCUUCUUCAAAAAGAAUCCUCUUAAACAGAUUAUAAACAAGAAUAAGUGUUCUUUUUUACUAUAUUAAGCAUGUAUCAGUGUCACUCUUGUCUUAAAAAUAAUAAAAAAAAGCAUCAAGAAGCGCAAUGUUACCAAUAACAUGUUAUGUAUCCGGGCCAAGUGUCACUGUUGUUUACCUGUGUUUAGUAAUUAAUUAGCAAAGAUGUUUUCUUUACUCAGGUACCAAAUAAU